GUCCCUUGGUAGAUACGGUUGGAUCUAGGAUAGUUGGCGGUCGUGAUGCACUUCCUGGAGCAUGGCCAUGGCAAGUUAGCAUGCAAUAUUCUGAGACACAACGUAACCAUAAACAUUUGUGUGGUGGUACAAUAGUUGAAACCAAGUGGGUUUUGUCUGCAGCACACUGCUAUUUUGAGAGAAGUAAUGCUACCAGUUGGAAAGCUGUGUUUGGAUUUAUACUAAUGGCAACCCCAGGCAACACAGCUAUUGAAUCCAAGGGAGAUGGUGGUGGACCCCUUGUGUGCCUCGUUCCAGACAAAAAAGUAUACCAUCAGGUAGGAAUAUCAAGCUUUGGAAAGUCCUGUGGCAAAAAUCUUCCCAGCCCAGUUGUUGCCCCUGAAGUCUUCACAGACGUAAAAAUGUAUACAUCAUGGACAAGGUGGCAAAUACUUUACAACGCCGUUGAACCUGCAAUGAAAGUCAUUAACACUCAGAGUUACUUGUAUGCUGUCAUCGCUACAAUAUGGAUUACUUUGGACUUUUAG